AAGAAAAAUAAAACUUAAAGAUCCAAAAUUCCGGCAGGUAGCCGAGAAAGUUACGUGUGCCUUGCGUUUAACCAAUUAUUUUUCUUUUAGUUUAUUAUUUUAAUUUUAUAUCCACCUUCUAACCUUUCCCCUGAACAUUUUGUGGAAUUUGUUUUAACUUAUUUUGUGGACCAAUUGGGGUGUUCUUGAAACUCCUCGUACCUUAUUAUUAGAACCUUAUUGUCAUUUGUCUUUUGCGAUGUCAGGAGUAAACUUCCGUAAAAUACCAAUAACUUAAUUUGAUUCAUUUGUGAGCUCUGUGAGUGAAAAUGCGCCGCCAAGGAGUCGAUAAUUCCUUAUUCGCCAUUAACAACGACGACACAGAUCGAAUUGAUGUUGUUACGGAGGCUUCCUCCCACAGUGACCUCAAUUCAACGGGGAGCCAUCAUUUCUUGACCGGAUCAAAGACUAACUAUCAAUUCACAAAUCCGGACAAUGAGGAUGAGGCUGUACGAAUACAAUCGCCAGCAAAUAGAGUUCGUCGAUGGUCGCAGAAUAUCUCAAAGAUUGGCAAAAGCAAGAGCACAGUUCGCGACAAAACCAUCUACAAACUUCCAUCGCGUAAAGUUUUUGCUGUUGACGGCAAACUUCUUCCAUUGGAUUGCAACGCAGAGAUAGAACAACUUGUGGAAGAAAUUGAACAGCAUGACUACCUUAUGCAAAACUCUGCAGUUGGGAAGCAAAUAAGAAUAGAAACUAUUCGGGCUCUGCCACAUCCACUGUCUACAAAAAGACAACUUAAGAGCAAAAUAUCCCUCUCGGUUACAAAGCAUUUAGGCAGUGAGAAAGCUCAUAUCAUGAGGCGUCUCAGUGACAUACUCGCUCAUUGUUGCUUGAAGCUGUGGGCCAUUCUGGGGAAUCUUUUCAGUGGAAUAGAAAUCUGGUAUGAUGCAAUGAAAACGAUUGAAGGUCACUUUGGAUGCAGUGUAGGAACAUAUUUUAAGUUCCUGCGCUGGUUGUUUAUAAUGAAUGUGGUCGUGCUGGCAUUGACCUUUUCAUUCAUCACAUUGCCGCAGAUUCUGUUUAACAUAUUCGAUGAGAGAAGUCGACAUUUUGCAGACAAAAUUGUAGAGCGGAAAUUUGUGGAUCUUUUAAAUGGAGAAGGUUUCCUAAAAAAUUCGAUUCUCUUUUAUGGUGCUUAUACCAAUAUGACAAUUACACUCAACACAUCUAGCAGUUACAGUCUUCCACAUGCGUACUAUGUCACAAUGUUGCUUAUCUAUUUGGUGACAUUUGUUUUGAUUUCCUCGAGUAUGGCACGCUCAUAUCGAAAAAGCUUUAUUGAAUCUUCAGGCGGUAUUCCCAGCAUGUAUGCACAUAAGAUUUUUUGUUCGUGGGACUUUGGAAUCUCGAAUAGCAAAGCUGCAAGCAUUAAGCAUGAGUCCAUUUACAAUGAGCUAAAAUCCGUAGUCAGCGAUAUAGGCAGAGUAAAAAAGAACAUUCCAAGGCUGUGGAAGCUAUGGAUAUUUUGCGCACGAAUUGCUGCGCAUCUUUUAGUUGUUGCACUAAUAGCCGGCCUUGGGAUAGCUAUAUGGAUUCUCUUGAAGUUUUACGGAGAGGCUAAAACUAAGUCUCCUUGGAAAUCACUAUAUGUUGCUACUGCCGUUAAUGUUUCGAUGUUGGUGUUGCAAGCAUUUUUCUCCUGGAUAGGAAAAAUGGAAGACUACAGAACUCCUAGACGAACAUUGCAUGUUACCUUGAUUCGGACGUUUCUUCUGGAAGCAGUAAUUAUUGGAGUUUUGGUCUUUUUCUGGCUGACCAAGGAGUAUCAGGGGUGCUGGGAAACUGCUGUAGGACAAGAAAUUUAUCGAUUGGUCGUAUCAGAUUUUUUGAUAAAUAUUUUCAUCGUUCCUUUGCUCGAUGUAUUUCGAGCAAAUGUCUUGGCACGACGCUGGCCAAAAAUUGAGAAACCCAAUUUUGACAUAUCACAAAAUAGCCUUGGCUUAGUAUUUAACCAAACCCUUUUGUGGGUGGGUCUAUUAUUUUCACCACUUCUUGCCUUAGUGUUGGUCGUGAAAAUGGCCCUCACAUUCUACGUUAAGAAAACCACCUUAAUCUAUCUUUGUAAAUCACCCAAACACAUGUGGCGCUCAGCACAAACUCAAACACUCUAUCUAGUCUUUACAUUUCUUUCCCUUUUGGGUGUCAUCCUGACUCUGGGUUAUAUCAUGACUCAGGUACCUGUGAGUCGAAAAUGUGGUCCAUUUCGGGACUAUGUAUUUAUGUUUCAAAUAUUUAUCAAUGGAGUGCUUAAGUUGCAACAAAACGACUGGGUAUGGGGAGCAUUAAUGACUCUCAUUCGUCCAGCUGUGGUUGGUGGGAUUCUUUUGGCUAUGAUGGUUAUGGUUUACUAUCUGCGAUCGAAAUCCAAAGCUCGUGGAAAAAUGGUGAAGCUACUUAAGGAUAUGCUUUAUAUAGAAGCCAAAGAUAAGGAAUUUCUUGUUAUGCAUAUCACACGGAUAACUAAAAAUCGACAUUGGAUGUUUGAAGAAGAUGAUCGUAAUAGUAAAUUAGAAGACGAUCCAUCAGAUGAGUUUGCUGAAUCAUGUUCGACUUGGAAAUAUGAGCGACACAAGCCAAGGAAUCGAAGUACAAGUAGUCGUAGUAGUGUUAGUAGUUUGUGAAAUAUGUUAAUCCAACGAUUGAUGUUCGAGUGCCUUAAGACGAAUCGUUUGCACAGCACAAAUACUUAAUGGAUCGAGUCUUCCAAUAUUAUUCUUUAGAGAGUAUAAUCGAAACAGUAUCUCGAGAGUAUUUAAUUAUUUAUUAUUAUUAUUUUAUUUUUAAUUUAAGUGCAGGUAAAUGAAACUUAUAAAUGAGAUCUUUAACUUGUGAAACUUGAUUUUGUUAAUAUGCUGAUGGUUAGUGAAUUUUUUGCAGAUAGUUUUUGAAAUGGCUUGUUUAUGAUACUUUACCUGUACGUUAUUUAAAUUACUUAAUAGCAAAAGGAAAAACAAAUGUGCUAAAUUAUGUUAUGAAAAUUAUAGUUACAUUUCAUUAUUAUUUA